GGGAACGACAUCACUUAUCCACAACACAUCCACUCACUUCAGGGGAAACUACUAGCUGGGUGAAGUUUUAGAGAUCUGCCCUGUUCAUCAGAAGAACACCACGUCUUUUUGCUGACGCUUUCUGAUAUUUGUCUUUUUGGAGAAACCUUUUUUUUUUUUUUUUUUUUACCAAAACGGUUUUUCUUUUGACAGCUUAGACAAUGAGGUGUUUGAUAGUUGCUUUGGUCGUGAUUCUCUCUCUGUGUCAGAUUGGAAGAAAUCCAGUUGAUGCGGGGAUGUGCUGGCUGCAGCACGGUCCAGACCACCGGUGUGACAUGGUGCUGAUGAGAGAGGUGAGCAGAGAGGAGUGCUGCGAUGGGGGUCGCCUGGACACGGCGUGGUCCAACACCAGCCUGCCGCUGAAUGAAGUCAGCCUUCUGGGCUUCCUGGGUAUCGUCUCCUGCAAACCGUGCAGAGACUCAUGCGAGGGAGUCAAAUGCAGUCCCGGGAAGGUUUGCAAGAUGAAAAUGGGAAGGCCUCAGUGCGUGUGCUCUCCAGACUGCUCUCACAUUCCCAGGAAGCACGCCGUCUGCGGCAGCGACGGCAAGUCUUACAGGGAUGAGUGUGCCCUGCUGAUGGCUCGCUGCAUGGGACAGCCAGACCUGGAAGUCAUGUAUCAGGGAGAGUGCAAAAAGUCAUGCUCCAAUGUUGUGUGUCCGGGAACCCACACCUGUGUGACCGACCAGACCAACAGCGCCCACUGCGUCAUGUGCCGCACCUCGCCAUGCCCCGUGACAUCCGAGCAACAGAUCUGUGGCAACGACAACAUCACCUAUCAGAGCGCCUGCCACCUCCGCAGGGCCACCUGCUUCCUCGGACACUCCAUAGGAGUCCGCCACUAUGGCCACUGCAACAGUCCACCUCGGAGCUCUCACAAAUUCAGGGCCAGCGAGGAGAACGCCGUGUAGAAUUUCUUUCUUCCACAGGAUAUGAGUCGAUCGACCGAAAUUUCACACCUCCAGCUUCCCAAGAUGACCUCUUGAGUUUGACAAUCACUUCCAAUCUCCUCACUGUGCACAGAAAGAUUGUAGGAAGACAACACAUUGUGUUAUCCCUGUUGUGUGGGAGGCAGAUAAAUGUGUGUCUUGGCAUGAGCUCUUUGGGAGAUGUGUGCAUAUUGUAAAUAGAUUACCAAUACUAUUUAUUGGAGAAGGUAUAAAACUCUAUUUAUGAUUUUAUUCCAAUAAUUAAUUCAUUUAACCUUGGGGAAGCUAAUUGUUUUUGUUAAAGGUACAUUAGCUGUCAUAGGCUUUGGUAUUCACACCUUCUUUACAUCAUUUUAUAGUCCCCAUUCCACACAGACCAUCUUCCAUAGUGGUGGUUGAAGACCCAAGAGCCAAUAUGUUUAGAGAGGUGAUGUCACUUGAUGGUCAGUCAGUGUGGCUUCAUUUCACCAAGAAAAAGCACAUCUGCAGUGCUGUUGUAUGUAAUUCAGCUUCAGUUUGUGUGCAGAGGAAGAGACUCAACCUUAAGAAACCUCAACAGUCAUUACAGUCAUCACCCCUCCUCCUCCAAGCACACACACUGUUAUUCUUACUCCAGGUCCAAGCUAUUGGCCACCCGCUGCUGACUAAAAUUACCAGCCUAUUUUUUCUUUUUUUUUUGUCGACUUUUUGCUACAAACCCCAGCCAUUUACAAUACCUACUCUGUUUAUUGCUUGGCUUUAUUUUGCCAGUGCAUUUUUAGAGUUCCAUACAAAACAGCAUCUGGGGCAAGUUUGCCCAGAUGCUGUUUUGUCAUUUUGAUUUUGAUUGGACUCUUUUUUUGAAGUGCCGACUUGACAGAAAAAUGCUAUUAGUGCCAUCUGACUUGGAAGAAAAUUUAAUUUGUCUGGGAAUGCCCUACAGAUUGAGCCAAUUCAGUAGAUCCGAUUAUAGUGUCUUCAGCUGUUGUUGACACUGGUAAACCUGCGCAUACCAACACGUACCACUGAACGGUCCAGUUAAAUCUUCUAAACUCAAAGCAGAUGGCAGAAUGCUUUAAACAGUGCUUGAUGGGUACUGUGAAACAUUUUAAUGAUCCCUCUGUAAGUAUAUGCCUUUUUCUGUAUGUACCUGUGUAUCUACUGUGAAAUCUGAAUGAUGACUGCAACAACAUAUUUUUGUAUUUUUGUACUGACAUUUAAAAGACUCAUAAAGUUUGUGAUUUAUCAGCAA